CCCACCACGUAAUCAAUUCAAAAGCGAUCGGUGUGUUGGGCUCCACUUGGCCAUGUUGAUGUCCUAAUCCAAGUAUAUAAUAUAUGGCCCUAAUCGUUCGCAGAUCCCGUACUCGGAGAGAUCGGUCGAUGUACGGCAGAGGCGAACCAACACGUCAAGUUCGGGACAAUCUCCGCUCCAACGGCCUUUAUCUUUUGCUGCCUUUUCGAGAAAAGCAGGGCUGGGCUGGGCUAUCUGGCGCCUUCUUUUGUCUCAUUAUUUCUGGCCAUUCGAUGCAACAGAUUUGUUAUUGAGGACUAAGCUACUUGUAGAGAAGUGUUUAUCGAAAGUUUUAUUUUAUUUUUAAUUUAUUUUUUCAUUUUUUACCUUUUUAAAAGUCCGCCCAUUUUCUCUCUCUCCCCCAUUUUUGCUCUCUCACUCUCCCUCUCCUUUCUUUCACUGUCUCUCCCACGCUCUCCCUCUCAAACUCACUGCUGCAAAGAGCAUCUGCCAUCGCCACUCCCAGCUUCCCCUGCCACCACCGAGAGCACCUUCCGUCGUCGCACCCCCCAUCGCCACGAGCACUUUUCAUUGUCGCCCCUCCUUCCACCGUCGCCCCCCUAAACGGUCAUGCCCCCCAUCUCGCGAGCACCUUCCACUGUCGCCCCCCCCGGUCACGAGGACCGGCGUCCCCCCCCCCCCCCGACUUGCCACCUCUACGAGCACAACCGUCUCGCCUCCCAUCACCACGAGCAUCUUCCGCCGUCGCCCCCCUUCUCUAUAGCUUAAUCCCUAGAUAGAUUGGUUGGAAUACAUGGCGCUGCCAUCUGCCAGUGGGUGUGGGCUGGUGCCAUUCUUUGCUUUCUUCGGGUGAUUUUUGCUUUUCGUUUCCUUUUUAAAUUUCUCAUCUCUUCCAAGUCACGUAACAUCCAUCCCUCCAUUUCUCUCUCUCGCGCGCGCGCGCGCCAAGCUUCGUCAAACCCAUUUAAAAACAGGGGAAGUAUGGGUUCACGUUGGCGCAGUGGUAUGGAUUUCAACAGCAGGCUAUCAUAUGCAACUACAUUUCCCAAGUUCUCCCCAUCUAGAUGAGUGUCACCAGGUUCUUUGGCUUUGCUAAUGGUGGAAUCUAUAAUCAUUUCCCAAGUUUUAUAGGAUUCAAUCUUCAGGCCUUUCAUUGUAAGAGUGAGAUGGAUCCAGAACCAAGGAAGUGUAGAAGAACUGACGGGAAGAAGUGGAGAUGCAACAGGGAUGUUGUUCCCAAUCAGAAAUAUUGUGAGAGGCACAUGCAUAGAGAGUGCCAGCGUUCAAGAAAGCAUGUGACAGCUUCUGUCAUUGCUUCACAACCUGGUACAUCCAUUGAUGCCAGCAAAACCACAUCCUACCCUCUUUCAAUUUCAAGUCCUGUAGAUUUUGAACUUCCUACCCUCUCUUCAAAUCGACACCAACAGUUCUGCUACCGCAUCUCCCACCACCAACUCUGUUAGUGAUAUCAAGAAAGCAUAUGUGAUAGUAUUGUUUGAGAGUUGAGAUAUUAUCCUCUUGUAGCAGUAAGGUUGCUCCACAGCAACCUAAGUAUUACUGUCGUUGCAUAUGUAUUUGUACAAAAUUUAUGGAUUUCUAGAUGUCGAGAUAUUAUUGUAUUUU